ACUUUUUCCCCUCCACAAGGUUCCAGGUGAAUGGGUAGCCUCACCCUCACGAUCUGGAGUGGGAAUUCUGGUCCCCUUCUCCGGUCUCAGGUCUCUGUCCCACUAAUGCCUGAGGCAGCUGUCUUCCCCAAUAGGUGUCCAGAGAGCCAAACCUGCUUCCUGGGCCCCAGGCCCCUCCCACAAUGCUUGUCACUGGUUUCCUCCUCUGGGCUUCCCUACUGACUGGGGCCUGGCCAGCCACCCUCACCCAAGACCACCUCCCAGCUACACCCCGUGUCCGGCUCUCCUUCAAAGAGCUUAAGGCCACAGGCACUGCCCACUUCUUCAACUUUCUGCUCAAUACCACUGAUUACCGUAUCCUGCUCAAGGACGAGGACCACGACCGCAUGUAUGUGGGCAGCAAGGACUAUGUGCUGUCUCUGGAUCUGCACGACAUCAACCGUGAGCCCCUCAUUAUCCACUGGGCGGCCUCUCCGCAGCGCAUUGAAGAAUGUGUGCUCUCAGGCAAGGAUAGCAACGGUGAGUGUGGGAACUUCAUCAGGCUCAUCCAGCCCUGGAACCGAACCCACCUGUAUGUGUGCGGCACAGGAGCCUACAAUCCCAUGUGCACCUAUGUGAACCGCGGCCGCCGGGCUCAGGCCAUGCCAUGGACCCAGGCGCAGGUGGUCAGAGGCCGCGGCAGCAGAGCCACAGAUGGUACCGUCCACCCGAUGCCCACAGCCCCACGCCAGGAUUACAUCUUCUACCUGGAGCCUGAGAGACUCGAGUCAGGGAAGGGCAAGUGUCCAUACGACCCCAAGCUGGACACAGCCUCAGCCCUCAUCAACGAAGAGCUCUAUGCUGGUGUGUACAUUGAUUUUAUGGGCACCGACGCAGCCAUCUUCCGCACACUUGGAAAGCAGACGGCCAUGCGCACAGAUCAGUACAACUCCCGGUGGCUCAAUGACCCUUCGUUCAUCCAUGCGGAGCUCAUCCCUGACAGUGCAGAGCGCAAUGAUAACAAGCUCUACUUCUUCUUCCGUGAGCGGUCAGCAGAGACAGCACAGAGCCCUGCUGUGUACGCCCGUAUCGGACGCAUCUGCCUGAAUGAUGACGGUGGUCACUGCUGCCUGGUCAACAAAUGGAGCACAUUCCUGAAGGCACGGCUUGUCUGCUCUGUGCCAGGAGAGGAUGGCAUUGAGACCCACUUCGAUGAGCUCCAGGAUGUGUUUGUCCAGCAGACCCAGGACGUGAGGAACCCAGUCAUUUACGCUGUCUUUACCUCCUCAGGCUCUGUGUUCCGAGGCUCUGCCGUAUGUGUCUACUCGAUGGCUGACAUUCGCAUGGUCUUCAAUGGACCCUUUGCCCACAAGGAGGGCCCUAACUACCAAUGGAUGCCCUACUCAGGGAAGAUGCCCUACCCCCGGCCUGGCACAUGCCCUGGGGGAACCUUCACACCCUCCAUGAAAUCUACCAAGGACUAUCCUGACGAAGUGAUCAACUUCAUGCGCAGCCACCCACUCAUGUACCAGGCGGUGUACCCACUGCAGCGGCGGCCACUGGUGGUCCGCACAGGUGCCCCCUACCGUCUCACCACUGUUGCUGUAGACCAGGUGGAUGCAGCCGAUGGGCGCUAUGAGGUGCUUUUCCUGGGCACAGACCGCGGGACAGUGCAGAAGGUCAUUGUGCUGCCCAAGGAUGACCAGGAGGUAGAGGAGCUCAUGCUGGAGGAGGUAGCAGUCUUCAAGGAUCCAGCACCUGUGAAGACCAUGACCAUCUCUUCUAAGAGGCAACAACUGUACGUGGCCUCAGCCGUGGGUGUCACACACCUGAGCCUGCACCGCUGCCAUGCAUAUGGUGCUGCCUGUGCCGACUGCUGCCUCGCCAGGGACCCCUACUGUGCCUGGGAUGGCCAGGCCUGCUCCCGAUACACAGCAUCUUCCAAAAGGCGGAGCCGCCGGCAGGACGUCCGGCAUGGGAACCCCAUCAGGCAGUGCCGUGGGUUCAACUCCAAUGCCAACAAGAAUGCUGUAGAGUCCGUGCAGUAUGGCGUGGCUGGCAGCACAGCCUUCCUUGAGUGCCAGCCCCGAUCACCUCAAGCCACUGUUAAGUGGCUCUUUCAGCGAGACCCUGGUGACCGGCGUCGAGAGAUCCGCGCAGAGGAGCGCUUCCUGUGCACAGAGCAGGGCUUGUUGCUUCGCGCCCUGCAGCUUAGUGAUCGCGGUCUCUACUCCUGCACGGCCACUGAGAACAACUUCAAGCACGUCGUCACGAGAGUGCAGCUGCACAUACUGGGCCGGGAUGCUGUCCAUGCUGCCCUCUUCCCCCCGCUGGCUGUGAGCGUCCCACCACCUCCUGGCACAGGUCCCCCCACACCUCCUUACCAGGAGCUGGCCCAACUGCUGGCCCAGCCUGAAGUGGGCCUCAUCCACCAGUACUGUCAGGGUUACUGGCGUCAUGUGCCCCCCAGUCCCAGAGAGGCCCCAGGGGCCCUCAGGCCUCCUGAACCCCAGGAACAGAAAAAGCCCCGGAACCGCCGGCACCACCCUCCGGACACAUGAGGCCAGCUGCCUGAGCCCUGCAUUGGGCCAGCCUAGCCCUCAUCUCUUUUAAUAUAAAAGAUAUAUAUAUAUAUAUGUAUAUAUAUAUAUAUAAAAUAUCUAUAUUCUAUACACACCCUGCCCCUGCAAAGACAGUAUUUAUUGGUGGGUUGUAUAUAGCCUGCCUCACUGGCAGCAUCUUCCAGAAUCUAGACCCAUGUUGGUCAGAGAUGGCAGAAAACUGGGCCAGGCCAGGACCACACAGUCCCCAGGUUCAGCCGAAGUCUGCUUGCUCAAAGGCCGCCUCCAAGAUCUACAGGGCACAGGGAGGGUGUGAGCCCUACACGAUGGGCCAUGGACCAUACAACUUUGACAUUGUGUGCUGUCAGCCUUGCAGUAGCAUAGGCAUGGGUGCCAGGACUGCAUUGGAGUCUGGGGGUGGGGGCUCAGGGCACCCAGAGAAGGGAAGAAGGGGCUAUCACAGGACCCUGGCCUCUGCCUGGGUUGGGGCACUCACUCAAGGCCAGCCCUUCCCAGGUAUUUAUUCUCUAUUUAUUGAGGACAGAAGAGGAGUCCUGCCUGAGUGGGACAGGACUGCCAGCCUUUUCUCCUCUCCCUGCCUAGGCACAGCAGGGCUACCCCACUCUACCUCCUUAGCUUUUCCUGUGCCAUCUUGACUUGAAGGCUGGGAAAGUGGCAAUGGGCCAGGUGCAGCAGGGCUGAGGCAAGCUCUAGCCCUGAGGGGAGAGGGGUCAUGGUGGAGGCCUGGGGCCUGUAGGGGCUCCCCAAGGCUCCCUUUUGCUCCCCACCACAGGUGCUGGGUGUAAAUAGCUCUGGAGGCAUUUGGGGAGAUGGGUGGGGGGCUCCUGGCGGCCCUCUGCUGCCCAGGCUGCAGCCAUCCUUGGGUUCCAUCUUGCUAAUAAACACUGGCUCUGGGACUAGACUUU